UCUACUUACAAAACACACAAACCAUUCAUCCCCAACAUCCCCUUUAAUCCUCUGCAAAUCCAAACAUACAAACAUGGGGGCACUCUCCAGAUUCAUUGCCCACGUGUACACUCUCCUCCUAAUAUUCUUCACCGUCCUCGUACUCGAGCUCAUAAUAUUAUUCCGAUCAGUCGCCGGAACCAUCGGUUACUCCGCCGAAGACCACCCAAUCACCACCGCACAGUACCUUAAACUGAUCGAAGACAAAAACCCAUGUGGCAGGUACAAGGUAGUUGUUGGAGGAGAGAGCAAAGAGUGUUCGGUUUGUUUGUCGGUGUUGGAAGAUGGUGAUGAGAUUAGGAGGUUAAAAUGCCGCCACGUGUUUCACAAGGGGUGUGUGGACAAGUGGCUGGAACAGGAUAGGGCCACGUGUCCGAUUUGCCGGAGGUUGGUGUUGCCGGAGGCGGUUGUGGUUAGGUACAGUCAGCGGCGGCAAGUUGAGCCGCAUCGCCGCCGCCGUGAGUUCUACGGGGGUAGCGAUGAGGAGCUUAUUUUGUUGUUGACGUCUUUGCACGGUAAUUAUAUGCGUCGGUUUAUGUGAAUCACCAGUGGUGGAACCAUUACUUUUUAGUCCUAGGGCCGUUACAACUAGACGGUCAAAAGUCACAACUCAUGUUCGUUUUAAAAGUUUAUAUAUGAUAUUCAACAAAAAAAUUUAUUGAGUAGGAUCGGCGGGCCCUCUUGACCCUCUCUGGUUCCGUUGUUGUAAAUUGGUAAAAGUUAAACUUGAUUAGAUUAUGUUAAGAUGGGAAUCCCUUUUUUAAAGGGUUGGAUUAUGGUGAAUUAUAGUAAUGAGAAUAUACCCAACCAACUUUAUCAUCUUGGUGUUUCAAAAUAAAUGGUUGUUUAGUGUG